AUGGAGGGGCCUUAUGCCGCGAGUACUUCUUGUACUUCUUCUUGUGCCCUCCUGAACAUCUUCCUUUAUCUCUUUCCUUUCCCUUGGAGAUCUAGAUCUAUCACGUCUUUCCCUAUAAUCGAACUGUUCCUCUUGCAUACUCUGGUGCUUACUACAGCGGUCCACUUAUCUCAAUCCACUUCAUAUCUAUCUAUCUAUCUAUCUAUCUAUCUAUCUAUCUAUCUAUCUAUCUCAUGUCAUUCCAGUCUCUUCUUAUCCGUGUCUCUUCCUAUCUCAGUUAAUCCCUAUCUAUCUAUCUAUCUAUCUAUCUAUCUAUCUAUCUAUCUAUCUAUCUCAGUCCACUUCAUAUCUAUCUAUCUAUCUAUCUAUCUAUCUAUCUCAAUAUGUUCACAUCUAUCUAUCUAUCUAUUUCAUGUCAUCCCAGUCUCUUCCUAUCCGUGUCUCUUCCUAUCUCAGUUAAUCCCUUAUCUAUCUAUCUAUCUAUCUAUCUAUCUAUCUAUCUAUCUAUCUCAGUCCACUUCAUAUCUAUCUAUCUAUCUAUCUAUCUAUCUAUCUAUCUAUCUCAAUAUGUUCACAUCUAUCUAUCUAUCUAUUUCAUGUCAUCCCAGUCUCUUCCUAUCCGUGUCUCUUCCUAUCUCAGUUAAUCCCUAUCUAUCUAUCUAUCUAUCUAUCUAUCUAUCUAUCUAUCUAUCUAUCUCAGUAUGUUCACAUCUAUCUAUCUAUCUAUCUCAUGUCAUCCCAGUCUCUUCCUAUCCGUGUCUCUUCCUAUCUCAGUUAAUCCCGAUCUAUCUAUCUAUCUAUCUAUCUAUCUAUCUAUCUAUCUAUCUAUCAUUUUCAAUUUGUCCAUAUCUAUCUAUCUAUCUAUCUAUCUAUCUAUCUAUUUCAAACAUCCUUCUUAAUUGUGAUUUCUUCUUCUUCUUCUUCUUCUUCUUCUUCUUCUUCUUCUUCUUCUUCUUCCUUCUCCUCCUCCUUCUUCUUUUUCGUAUAUCUCUUUCUACUUCUACUUUUUCUUCAUCUUAUGUUUAUCCAUUUGCCCACCUUUUUCCUCUAUUUGUUCCUCUGCCCCGUUCUUCUUCUUCUCCUCCUCCUCCUCUUUCUUCUUCUUCUUCUUCUUCUUCUUCUUCUCCUCCUCCUUCUUCUCUUCCUCCUCCUCCUUCUCCUCCUCCUCUUUCUUCUUCUUCUUCUUCUUCUUCUUCUUCUUCUUCUUCUUCUUCUUCUUUCUGCCUCUCUAAUUUCUCAACAUUUUCUUUCUCUCUCUCUCUCUUUCUUUCUCUCUCUCUCUUUCUCUCUCUCUCUUUACCGCAAACAUUUAUUUCCGGAUGCUUUCUCAACGGCUAUGUUCUUCCUGCUUGUUUCCCACAUCAUAAAAUCGUUACCUCCAUCCAUUUUCAUUCACCUCGUCCUCUUUGGCGUCAUUUUUCGGGCUUUAAAUCCGCCAUUACUAAUGCCAACAUCGGGUCAGAAAAUAAAAAAAAAGGAAAUCACAUCAAAGCUGUCUCUGUCACUGGUAUUACGAACACAAAGUAUUUGGGAUAUGAAAUGUAA